AUGAUGCCAAUCGCAAAUCCUCGAGUAUGUAUCAUUGGAGCUGGUCUUGCUGGCCUGACAACUGGAAAGAACCUUCAAGAUGAAGGUAUCGACUUUACCAUUUUGGAAGCCACCAGCAAUUUCGGUGGUACUUGGAGAUAUGAGCCGAGGGUUGGUUUUUAUGAGAAUGGUCUACCUGUGUUCACAAGCAUGUAUAAACAUUUACGGACUAACUUACCAAAACCUACAAUGGAACUAAAGGGGUUUCCAAUACCUAGUAAUAUCCCAUCUUUCCCCACUUGGGAUGUUUACUAUGACUACAUAAGGAAAUAUGUGCAACAUUUUCAAAUAGAAAAGCACAUUAAGUUCCAGCAUUACGUCAUCAAAGUUUCUCGUAUAAACAAUGUAUGGAGAGUGAAACACAAAUAUCUACCAACUGGCGAAGAAAUGGAAGAUGAAUUUGACUUUGUAAUUGUUGGGACAGGUCACUUCAAUAAACCUAACCGUCCUGUUAUGAAAGGCGAAGAAUUUUUUAAGGGGAACAUUAUCCACAGCCACGAUUACAGAGAACCAGAGCCUUACAGAAACAAAAGAGUGCUAACUGUCGGAGCUGGACCAUCAGGGUUAGAUAUAACAAUGGAUGUAGCCACAGUGGCAAAAACUAUUUUCCACAGUCACCAUUCACCGCAGAACUUUAAAACGAAAUUCCCGCCAAAUUAUGUUAAGAAACCAGACAUUAAAGAGUAUAAUGAGACUGGUGUUACAUUCGUGGAUGGUUCUUAUGAAGACAUAGAUGACGUUAUUUACUGUACAGGUUAUUUGUUUAACUUUUCUUUUCUGGAUGAAAGUGCCGGUUUGAACGUGAGUUCCAAGACAGUGACGCCAUUGCACAAAUUCAUGGUGAACAUCAACGAACCAUCUCUAAUUAUUAUUGGAUUAAUUGAGAAGGCGUGUCUCGCUAUCGCUCUUGAAGCUCAGGCACGGUAUACAGCAGCAUUGGUGAAGGGAAAAUUCUCGCUGCCCUCAAAGGAGGAUAUGAUGAAGGAGUGGCAGAGAAGGGCCGAUUUGUGUAUAGCGCGUGGCCGGACAUUCUCGAAUUUACACUUCUUAGCUGAAGGAGAGGAUGACUAUUAUGAAGAACUCUCCAAAGAGUCCGGAAUAGAAAGAGUUCCGCCUGUCAUGUUCAAAAUUCGUAAUACGGACGCGGAGGCCAAGAUAGAAAACCUCUAUACAUACAGGAAUUAUGUCUAUGAAGUCAUAGAUAAGAAUACGUUUGUGAGAAGAUUGGAAAAUGAAACGAAUUCAGUUAGCUAA